UCCAACUGAGGCAUUUCAAACUGGACUCUAGUAACUGUGUGCGAAACAAAAGAAGUCGCAACUCUACUUACGCAAUUAAAUACCUACUAUACACUUAAUUUUUGAAAAAUGGCCAAAUUUGUUUAUGUUUUCGCAGUUCUUGCUCUCAUGGCUGUUAGUGCAAACGCACUAAAAUGCUACGAGUGUCCCUUGGGAUGUGAAGGAGACGAUAAGUCCAAAUGGCAAACGCAAGACUGUGGAGGAGCUUCAGCUACAGGACAGGAAAAGGUCUGCUUAAAACAGGUUAUAAAAGGAACAGGAGGCAAAGACAGGGUUGUCAGGAAAUGCGCACUGCCAGCAGCUGGAAAGAAAUUCGAAUGCGUCGAUGCUCCUGGAGAGAAAACCACCCUUUGUGAAACCUGCACAACCGAUUUGUGUAAUUCAGCUGGAUCUGUCACCUUCAGCUUCCUUGCACUCGCGAGUGUGAUUGUUCCUUUCUUGGCUACAAGAUUGCACUAGCCAGUUAAAUUAUGUAUAUAGCUACAUAAGAAAAUUAUUGAUGUACACAAUGUGUUUUUCGUUUGGGAAAUCAGUCCGAAAUAUUCCGUUCAUAAUAAUUAUUGUUUUUAUUUUGUAACGUUCGCAUUAUUUUUCAGUUGAGUUAUUUAUGUAUUUCAAUAUAUGGUUAAUAGAUUUAUACAUUA